AUGUCUAGUACGGAUCCGGGUAUUAGGCUCUUUGGCAGGAAGAUUCCGUUGCCGGAAUCUCAGAUUCCGGCCAGUUCUCAGAUGGGUUGUCAGAUUCAGGCAAACUCUGCAACCAUGACCAAGGUUGGUGAAGUUGCUUGUUCUGCUACACUUCUCUGGUUCUUUUCUGAUUUUGUUAAAGCGGGCCAUACUGCUGAAAGAAACAUAUCAUUAGUAGCAAGCCAUGGACAGGUUUACAUGUAUGAUGAAGUAAUAGGCUAUUACUUGAGAAUUGCUGCAUUCUUAAAUUGUUCAUAUUCUGUGAAUGCUUGCAGUGGCUUAAAGAAAACUGAAGUCGAAAAGCCCUAUACUGAAAACACUGAGCAACCUGAGAAUUAUUCUGAUUCAAGGGAUAGCAAACAAGAGUCCCCACAUAAUAAUGUGCAGGAAAAGGGGUCAAAAGUAAAUAGCAAAACUGUGGAAGAUAACACAGAGAGUAGCAGUACAGAUCAAGAUAAAAUCUUCAAAAAACCAGACAAGAUUCUUCAUUGUCCCCGAUGCAACAGUUUAGACACUAAAUUCUGUUAUUUCAAUAACUACAAUGUCAAUCAACCUCGGCAUUUCUGCAAGAACUGCCAAAGGUAUUGGACAGCAGGGGGGACAAUGAGAAAUGUUCCUGUGGGUGCUGGGAGAAGAAAGAACAAACACCUAGCUUCUCAAUACCGGCACAUUAUUGUAGCUUCUGAUGGAAUACCAACUACCAGGUUCGAACCUAACGAGUCUUAUUGUCACCAACUUGUCUCAACUCUUGAACCUGCUGCUGUUUUCAGGUCAUCAACAGAUGAUGGUACUGUAUUGAAAUUUGGUCCGGAUGCCCCUCCUCUUUGUGAAUCCAUGGAGUCAAUGCUUAAUCUUAAAGAACAAAAUCAAAGUGUUGAUGAAAAACCUGUGAAUUGUGCAGAAAAUGGUGAGGAGGAAGUAUCCAUAUGUGGAUCAUUUGUGACCAAUGCUUGUACUCCAAGAAACAAAUUGACACAACCUAAUUCAUCAAAACCUUUGCAGUGUUAUCCUGUUCCUCCGUGGAUAUUCCCUUGGAAUCCAGGUUGGAACAAUGUUGCGUCCACUGCAUCAGUUCAACCCUCCUCACUACACAUGUGUAACCCGUAUACAGACCCUGCUUCAAUGCAGUUGUGUCCACCAGUGAUGGCCGUUCCAACCAUCUGCCCACCAAGCUUUCCCUUGCAAUUUGUUCCUGGAUCAUACUGGGGUGGACCACCUGUGUGGGGUGCUGGAGCAGGAGCAGUUUCAAUGGGUUUCAAUGGCUGCCUUUCACCUACUUCCUCUACUAGUAACAGCUGUUGCUCAGGCAACGGCUCCCCUACACUUGGCAAACACACAAGAGAGAAUGUUUCCACAGAUGAGGAGAAAUCAGACAUGUGUGUUUUGGUUCCAAAGACCCUUAGAAUUGAUGAUCCAAAUGAGGCCUCAAAGUGUCCUACAUUGCCUACAUUAGGACUCAGGCCUGAUAACCAACAAUCUGUAUCAGAAGGUACCAUUUCAAAACGGGGAAAGCCUAAAGAAGGUAAAGACCGUGUGUUGGGUGUGUCUCAAAUCUUGGAAGCCAACCCUGCAGCUAUUUCUCGUGCUCAUGCAUUCCAAGAGGGCAUGUUGAGGUGA